AUGAAGCGGCUGGCGUAUUUCGUUUAUUGCAAAAACAGUGCUCACACUCAGCUUUGGCCAAACAGACUCCAGAAUCCGUUUGGAACGGCCAACGCACCACCGCCACCGCCCUCCACCCGUUCGGCUGCACAGCCUGGCUCACGGUCGCCCCGGACCUUCGCAGCAAGCUCGACCCCAAGGCCGCGCGCGUGAUCUUCACAGGUUACGACCUCGCUCCAAAGCUUUCCGUUUCUUUGACCAUUCCAUCAACAAGAUUGUACUUGGUCGCAAUGCCACCUUCCUCGACGACGACUUCCCCGGCUGCCAGUCACCACGCCCGUCGAUGCAGACGACACCGACCGUCAGUUCGUCGUUCCCGCCGACACGCCCGCCCCUGCCGUCAAGACGAGGACCCCACUAG